GAUAUCUUAUCACUAAUAGCUAGGACUCUUGGUGAUUUUCGAAACGGAUAUUCUUCCGAUGAUGACACCAACAUGGAUUCAGAAAAUGAAGUGAUUGCAGAUGUUGAUACUGGUAAUUCCGAUGAUGAGACUAAUGGAGAUGUAGAUAAUGAAGCUGCAGCUGUUACUUCUAGCAAUCCCGAUGAUGUUACUUACAUGGAUUCAAAUAAUGAUAUUGAUAAUGAUUCGGAAGAAUCCGAGGCUGACACUAUCAUUCUCGAUUUUGAUGACUAUUCUCAUGGCAAUGUUCCUAAUCCCGACCUAAAUGGUGCUGAUGUUGCCUGCAGUUUACGGCGCGACGCGGUUACACCUGCGGACUUGAACAACGCUAUCAGAAGUGAAGAAUGUAUGACUUACAUGGCCGCUGUUCCGAACGUCUACUACAAGCCCUGUGGGCACUAUACUUUCUGCGAAGCCUGUCAUAAGAAUAUGUUGAAUGAUGUGCUAACCGAGGGUGGUGAUUUCAUAUGUCAAAUGUGUCAUCAGUAUGUAAACGAAGUUUUUAUCAUUUAA